AUGUUUAUUUUAGACCCGAGGACACCUUCUGCGAUUAAUACUAAGAAUGCUGCGGUAUUGUAUGAGGUAUUCCAGCGAGUUGGUGCCCUUGACUUGUAUUUCGGGCUACAAAGGGACAUACAUAAUGAUGAGUACCCGUUACAAAACUCAUCACCGAAACAAGGUAACAGAAGCCGAACGUUUAGCAGACAGAGCUCUUCUAUCCAAAGCGACGAUGCAUCAACUACAAUGAGUGAAGAGGCUAUGACGUGUAAGGCGUUCACAGUGGACCUAUGUAAUCAGUCAAAGCUAAUAGAUCGUGAACAAUUGAUGGACCCCGGGUAUGAUGGGGAGAAACCUUCCGAUUCGUUGCUAGUGGAUGGGCAGGAAACAGCUGCCAGUGCCUUAGCAGAUAAAAGUGCUAUCAAUUCUCCUAGUAAACAAUCACGGCACAUGUCAAGUUUGAAAACUGUCAAGUGGUCAUCUAUUGAUACUAAUUUGUCAGAAACCAACGUUGAUGUGAAUGAUAUGAGAUGCUCGAACAAGGGUACUAGGAGCCGAUGCGUUUCAACUCAAUGUCCGCCCGUCGAGGGAUCAGCAUACUCGAACAAUGUAUCUGCCUCGCAUUAUAACGGUUCUAUUAACAAUGGCAUUGAGGAAUGUCAAAAUCUCAUGCUUGCCAAAUCGUUAAGGAUGAGUGAACUGCAUUUAUCAUCUCGUCAAUCCAACACUGAAUGGGAACAUGAGAAGCCGGAUGUUCAUUCCGAUAGCUCUCGUAGGUCGUCAAAGUCUAGUAAACCAGAAGGCCCAAAACGAUUACGCAUUGCAUUAUGGUUCGAGCGAUGGUUCAUUCCUAAUUUGUUUGCAUCAUUUUCGUUAUUGCGUAACACAUUGUUUGAAUGUAGCGGCGGUGUACAGCAAUAUUUCACCCCUUUGAAGCUGGCAAAGCCAAACAAGAAGUUUAACGAGGUCUACCUCUCUAGUCUGGAGUACGCUAUACUGAAGGACGAGCUUACGCGAUGUUAUUUCUACAUCACUGAUGACCACAAGGAGCAUCUAAUGAUGAGGGAAGUUGAUGACUUCCGCAGGUUGAAUAUGCGCAAAAGGAUAACUUUUGAAGAGUUCUGCUACCAUUUCCUACCGUAUCUGUCUAGGAAUCCCGAAGAUUAUACCCGUAACAAGAAUCUGGAUACCGCUGAGGAGGCAUUACAGCGCCGGGCUUUACAACGGGUACUUGAGAAGAACCUUUAUGGUAUAUCUAUCGAGCGACCAAACGAGUUCUUCAACAAGCAAUGUAUACUUAAACCGUUCCAAGUUCUGGAACCGAUACCUCAGAAAUGA